GCCGAACACCUGUGCGGUGGGGAAGUGUUGUCGGCUUUCUCUAGUUCUAGUAUCUCUAAUAAUUUUAGUAUUUAGGGUUUAGUGGAAUUAUAUUAGUGCAAGAGAAUUGCUUAACCUAAGUGUUGUUCCAAGUGUUAUAUUGAAGAGGACCGUCAGAGGAAAAUUUUCUUGGUGGCCACUGCUCCGAACUUGAGAGUCUUGUCUCUAGACUCGAAUCUGUAGCCAGCAAGUUCGAGUAUCUUCUCUGCAAGCUACCUUCCUCUCCUUCAGUAUUAGAUAGCAGUCCUUGUUGUGAGAACACAGCAGAGAUGGUUGUCAACACCACCGGGUUCCGGGACAUCAUUGAUGGUCCUCUCUCUACGUUUGUUAGCCUCUCCCAUAAGAUAGGAGGCCCCGUCGCCGAACAGGCUAACCUAGUACAAGGUGCAUUUAAAGCACAGCUGGAGUAUAUUGAAAUCGCCGGUAGCAGACCUGAGCCAGACCAAUCAGAGCAGGUGUCACUUUUAGCGCCAUUAUCCACCUACAUCCAACAAAUCCAAUCUGUUCGUGACAAAAAUAGGGCAUCGCCUUUCUUCAAUCACCUUUCUGCUAUAUCAGAAAGUGUUCCUGCUCUAGGAUGGGUGACUAUGAAACCUGCUCCAGCUCCUUAUAUAAAGGAAAUGAAUGAUGCUGGGCAGUUCUACACGAAUAGGGUUCUCAAAGAUUGGAAGGAGAAGGAUAAGACCCAUGUUGAUUGGACCAGAUCUUGGAUUGAGAGCCUUACAAAACUGCAGGCUUACGUUAAAGAAGUUCAUACAACUGGCUUGGUAUGGGCAGCCAAGGGCGUAGGUCCUGCCGCUCGUCCACCUCCACCUCCACCACCCCCUACUCUCGAGAACCUCCUGUUGACUGACUCUUCUACAACUGGCGGUGAUGAGAGGUCAGCAUUGUUUGCUGAAAUCAAUCAAGGCGAAGGCAUCACAAAGAGUUUGAAAAAAGUUACUUCCGAGAUGCAGACUCACAAAAAUCCAGCGUUAAGAUCAGGUCCUGCUCCUUUCAAAGCUGUGACUCCAGUGAAACCAAUUGGAGGAGCUCCAACUCAACCUACCAACAAACCUCCUGUGUUUAAGAGGGAUGGCAAGAAGUGGCUUAUUGAACAUCAAAAAGACAAUCCAAACCUGGUAGUUGAAGGUGCUGAUAUGAACAAUGUUGUCUACAUGUUUGGAUGUGUUAAUUCAACUCUAACAGUGAAAGGAAAAGUAAAUUCAGUAUUCCUUGAUUCAUGCCGCAAGACUUCAGUUCUCGUAGACUCACUUGUGUCUUCCAUUGAAAUUGUCAACUGUCAAUCUGUUCAGAUGCAGGUAUUAGGAAGAGUUCCAACCAUAUCUAUAGAUAAGACAGAUGGUUGUCAAAUGUACCUCAGUAAAGAGUCUUUAGAUGUCGAAAUUGUAAGUUCCAAAUCUUCUGAAAUGAAUGUGAUGAUUCCCCAGGCAUCUGGUGACUUUAUCGAACAACCUGUGCCAGAACAGUAUAAGACUACGAUAGCUGGUGGGAAAACACUUGUCACCUCCCCGCUGGAGAACAAAGGCUAGCGACUAUCUUGUGUUAAGAUCAAUCAGCUCAAAGUUUUGAUAUUACUUCAAAUUAUACUAUUGACAUAAAUAUGAGUUCCAAUAUUUAUUUACUAUAUAAUUAUGCUAAAAUAUAAAUAUAUAUAUCCUCAUAUAUAUAUAUUGUAUAAAUAUACAUUAACAGUAUGAUAAUUGCUUUCAUUUUCCCAGUUUGUAAUCCUGACUUGAUUUCAUAUAUAAUUAAAAGUAUAUUUGACAAAUUUUUUAUGUUAAAUUUGCUUAAGUUACAAACAUUUAUUUGCUCUAUUAUAUAUUUAUAUGAAUUUGAAGUAGUAUGCUGAUAGUAAAAAAGCUAUUACCUUAUAAAUACUUCCACUUAGGUGACAAUUUUUUAAAUAGAAAUAAGUAAACUUAGGCAGAGGAAAAACCUCUUAUAACAGUGAAAUUUUAGAAGAUUCUUAUGAUGGAAUAAUUGACUGUUUUCUAUUAAUACAUAUUAUACACCGAUUGUGAUAGUGUCUGUUGACAUUCAAUUUUUAUAAUUAGAAUUAACAAAAUAUUUUUACAUAUAACCAUGUAUUGUAUUUUGGGCUUAUUGUGGACACCAUUUAAGUCGAUAAAUCAAAACAAAUAUGGAGGUCAAUUUAACUGUUAACAUACUUUAUAAUUCAAUCGCUUGAUCCUAAACUGCCUUAAUGUGAUUGACCUGUCUGAAGCAUUAACCUCACGAUAUGAAUAGUAGUUUAUUGAAAUGACAACAUUAAAUUUCAAAUAAAAUACAGAAAUAGAGUGGCUUUGUAUCUUAGAGAGUUGAUUGAUAUUAGGUAACGAAUUUUUAAAAAUAUUAUUAUCUAUUUUUUUUUUUAUUAUUAUUUAAAUAUAUUGUAGUGAACACCCAUUUUAACUAAUUUUAUCAUUUACUCUGCCAUGUUCUUAUUGUACUUUUGACAUUGAUUCUUUCAACUCUUUAUUCUAACCUUCUAAUUUUAGUUUUUAUAAACAGUUUAUUAAACUUAUGUGUGUCGAUCAGUUGGUAU